AUGUCGAUACUGUCAUUUGAGUCCCUCUGCUUAAAAGACGAUGACAACUGUCCAUCCCCAACUGAUCUCGACAGCUUUGGCGAUGAGUUUGACAAAGACUUGGAAUCAUAUGGAAAUAAGAUCAACAAGGAGAUGGACACUGCUCAGGUGUACAUGCAGGCCUGCAAGCAGGUCGGUGUAGUGCCGGUCUCUUACUUUAUUCGAAACCUUGACUCUCCAGCUGUGACACUCUCCCACCAUGGGCUCGGACCUUUGGGAUGCAAGGCACUUGCUAUUGCUUUAGUGACUGAUACGCAAAUAAGCUCCCUGGCACUGGCAGACAAUUCAAUUCAAGCUGAGGGAGCCAAAUACCUCAUGGAGACGUUGAGGGCUAAUUUCACCAUUCAGCACCUGGAUAUAUCCCACAACCAUCUGAAAUCUGCUGGGGCUGAGUAUGUGGCUAAAAUGUUGCUGGACAGCAUUUCGUUAAAAUCUGUGAAGCUUUCAGGGAAUGGAUUUACUGAUGAUGACGCUAAAUAUUUUGCAGAUGCUCUGUCAACCAAUUCCAGGUUAAAGGUACUGGAUCUGAGCCAUAAUGAGUUUUGUGGAAAAGGAGGAGAGCAUUUGGGACAGCUGCUGGCAAACAAUGAGGGCCUGGAGGUGCUGGACCUCAGCUGGAAUCAUCUAAGAAUGAAAGGGGCUGUGGCUUUUUGUGCUGGGUUAAAAGUGAAUAUGAUGUUAAAGCACCUUGACUUAUCGUGGAACGGUUUUGGGAACGAAGGUGCUCUGGCAAUGGGAGAAGCCCUCAAAUUCAACACCACUCUGGUGCAUCUCAACCUCAACAAUAACCGCCUGACCAAUGAAGGCGUCAGCAUGCUGUGCAGGGGUCUUGAAUUCAAUGACACACUCAGAGUCCUGACGUUGGCUUAUAACUCUUUGACAGUAGAGGGCGCACUGGCUCUAGUCAACGUGGUGAAGAAAUCACCUAAAACUGCCUUGGAGGAGAUCAACAUAUGUAAUGUGCUGGUAAAUGAGCACUUUGUGCAUCUAUUGGAGGUGACGUGUCAGGAGCAUCCUGGUCUGGAUGUACAGUAUGGAGGCGUAGGAGGCUUCAUGGCUAAGAAGCCACCAAAACGUGUUGAUCCAAUGAAAGUCAUUCAGGAUUAUCUGGACCAACGGAAACUGCGGCUGUGGGAUUUCUUUCGAAACAUCGAUAAAGAUGGCAUCAUGAAAGUGUCUGUUACUGACUUCAGGAAAGCAGUUCAGCAAUCAAGUAUUCCCUUGGACCGAUACCAGAUUGAGGAGCUGAUUCAGAGACUUGAUCGGGACAGGACAGGAAUGGUGGACUACAGGGGACUGGCAGAUACAAGGAAACAAAUGAUGAGGGAUCACCGCCGCCAGCUUAGGAAAUUUGAGUCCCGUCAGAAGAAAGAGAAACAGAAGAGUGACCGCAUUCUCAAAACCUUCCAAAGUGCUGUGGAGGCGGUGACACCUCACAGCUCCAUGGUCAUGUCUCCAGGAGGUGCCAAAGAAGACUCGAGUGGCCCUCAACACUUUUCCGCCACCCCUCUCAGCUCUUGGCACCACAUUGUCAUGUCCAACAGCAGCCGCUACUCUGUCACUAACAUGAGCAACAUCCACCUGCCCAUGUUAAGAGGCGCCACGCCUUACCGUCCCACCAGCUCCUCCUGGAUGCGUUCGUACUCCCAGCCAAACCUGUCGGCCGAUUCCCCUCGCUCUGCUCCAGACAAGUCCAUCUCUGCUCAAGGCGUUCGCUCUGAUCCAGAGAUGAGCCACAGCAAGCUAAGCCCCACUGCUAACAGCCUGACGAGAUCCAGGCCUGCUCUUAAUGUAAAGCAGACUGAGGGUAAAAGUAAAGUCAAAGCCAAGAAAGUGAAGAAAAAGAAACCGAAGAAGAAUGCAGACAAAGCUUCAAAGAACCCCGCAGUAACGGUCAAGUGA